GGCAAGUGGGUGGGGGUGACUGUGGGCGUGUGACCUGGUGCCCAGUGACCCCGCUUCACCCGACAGAUUUACCUACCUUAUGUCAUGGGAGGCGCACAGAGUCAGGAGGAGGAACCUACUCCGUCCGAGGCCGGGGGCGACACGCCAGGGAUCUACGAGAUCGCGGAGCUGGAACCGCGUCAGUGGCCCAUCGUGUACUCCAGCCAAUACAACAUCGGGUUCAUGGGUCUACAACGACUCCAUCCCUUCGACAGUGCCAAGUGGGGCAAGAUAUUCGACCAUCUCCAAGAGGCUGGGAUGAUAAAAGGAAAGGAAGACAUUUUGGAACCACGAGAGAUCACCAAACGAGAGCUGCAGAUGGUCCAUACAGAGGAAUACUUGGAGAGUCUCACUUCCAGUAUGAAUGUGGCAAUGGUAGUAGAGGUCCCUCCGGUAGCCAUUCUACCAAACUUUGUUGUGCAAAGCAAGCUACUGAGACCGUUCCGCUUCCAAACUGCUGGCACCAUCAUGGCUGGGAAGUUGGCAAUAGAAAGAGGAUGGGCCAUAAACAUUGGUGGAGGUUUUCAUCAUUGUUCGUCUAACUCUGGAGGUGGAUUCUGUGCCUAUGCGGACAUAACACUGGCUGUGAAGUACAUGUUCAACCACAUCGAUGGCGUAAAGAAAGCUAUGAUUGUCGACUUUGAUGCCCAUCAGGGAAAUGGACACGAGCGUGACUUUCUGGGUGACGAGCGAGUGUUCAUCCUGGACAUGUACAACAGACUCAUAUACCCCGGAGACAACUUUGCCAAACAGGCCAUCAAGAGGAAAGUGGAGCUGAAUCACCACACAACCGACCAAGUCUACCUGGAAAACAUCAGAAGGCAUUUGCCGGCUGUACUGGAUGAAUUUGACCCAGAUGUCGUAGUGUACAAUGCAGGGACCGAUAUCCUUGAAGGGGACCGCCUUGGAAACUUGGACAUCACACCAGAGGGAGUGAUGGAGAGAGACAGACUUGUGUUUACAGAAGUUCGUAAGAAGAGAGGGAAGCCUAUCUUCAUGCUUACUUCAGGAGGAUAUCAGAGAAACAAUGCGAGAGUGAUAGCAGACUCGAUCCUGGGCCUCCAUCGCGAGAAACUGAUCUCAAAUCCUCUGGAGGACUCUCACGUUACGUCAGAGCUGAGAGAGCAAGGAGCCUCGUUAGCACAAGGGAGCGGAGGAAACGAGGGGGAGACUUAAAAAUCCACCAGAACAAUAAAAAUUAUUUGCAUUUUUAACCAAUGGUUACAAUGUUGUGGCUACAAAACUUAAAGACAUACACACACUUGACCUCUGAUAAUAUAAUUAUGACACACUUAAUGAAAUUGUUUUAUUGUGACUAUUAUAUUGCGCGACAAAAGUCAAAAGACAUAAACUUUACCUUCUGUGGUAAAAUCACACACAUAUACGAAACCAUCAUCGUCAAUUACUAGACCAGCAGGGUCUUGCAGGAGAUCAAAUGUUUUCAGACCAAACGAAGCGACGCAUUCACCGGAAGAGUUAUACGCAUAUACACCUUCGGAGGGGGAUGGGCUAACCACGUACAGAUAACCAGACUUAUCGAAACAUGAACCUCUAGUGUAUAGCAUCGGAUAAGCACUAGGCACUUGGCGUAAGAGUGCGCCUUCAGGUUUGCAUUGAAAAACAAAAACAUUUUUACUUCCAUCUGACCCAACAUAUAAGUCUCCCAUUAUGUUCCGCAAUAUCUUUCGUAGAAUGACAGUUGGUAGAAGCAAUAAACCCCAACAUUUCACACUCCAUGUUCAUAACCACAAUUCUGUGGUCCUGUUUAUCUGAUACAAAAACUUGACUGUUAAUAACUUUAACAAAGAUCGGUGAAUUGAAGCUUCUGACACAGAUGUACUGCCUGCCAUCUUCACCGAACUUGAACACACAUUUUGCUCUAUUGUCAGUUACAUACAUGGCUCCAUUCGGACCAAUUGCCACUCCUUUUGGACUCUCGAACUUAGCACACCCGAUCUCAUGUACUCUUUUCCCGUUCCUUUCCACGACUGUUACUUUCUUCGCACCACUCUCGGCUACCACAAGCUGCUGGUUUUGAUUGAUGGCUAUUCCCCACGGCCUAUUGAAACCGCCUAUAAUACGCACCGGCUUUCCAAGCUGAGUUGGAUGGAUCUUUACAAAUAUGGAGAAAGGGCUUCCACCAACAUCUACCCCAUCGACUCUCACAACCAGAUUAUGUCUACCCCUGACUCGAGGUGUGUAUGUCACGACACAUGCGUUAUCUAAGAACCCUACCGAGCCUUUCACUAUGCAAUUUGUGUCCACCAGUGAUCUC